GAGGGCCACGGCGGCGAGGUCACGUCCGUCGCCGUGUCCGGCGACGGCAACUGGGUCGCGACGGGCUCCUGCGACAAGACCGCGCGCGUCUGGGACGCGGACUCGGGCGCCUGCCUCGCGACGCUCACGGGCCACGGCUCCUUCGUGCGCGGCGUCGCGUUCUCGCCCGACGGGACGCGCGUCGCGACCGCGUCGCAGGACCACACGGCCAAGGUCUGGGACGCGGCGACGGGGUCGUUGCUGCGCACGCUCGAGGGCCACGAGCUCAGCGUCAACGCCGUCGCCUUCUCGCCCGACGGCCACCGGCUCGCGACGGCGUCGCGCGACAAGACGGCCCUCGUCUGGGAUUUACGGGACGACGCCGCGCCGCCGGUCGUCCUCGAGGGCCACGACUCGUGCGUCAACGGCUGCGCGUUCGCGCCCGACGGGUCGCGCGUGGCGACGGCGUCCAACGACAAGCGCUGCAUCGUCUGGGACGCGGCCACGGGCGAGGAGCUCGAGAGCCUCGAGGGCCACGAGAACUGGGUCGAGGGCUGCGCGUUCUCGCCCGACGGCGCACGCGUCGCGACGGCGUCGCAGGACCACCACGCGCGGGUCUGGGAGGGCGGCGUCUGCGUGAUGACCCUGGCGGGCCACGGCAAGCGCGUCAACGGCGUCGCCUUCGCCGGCGACGGGGCGACGCUCGUGACCGCGUCGGACGACGAGACCGCGAAGCGCUGGGACCUCGCGACGGGCGCGUGCCUCGAGACGAUGCACCACCGGUCCGAGGUCAACGCCUGCGCCUUCGGGCGCGGCGGGACGCUCGUCGCGACGGCGUGCAACGACCGCACGGCCAAGCUCUGG